GUUAAAUCUCUGUCCCCCGAGUCCUUUGAGACUAGCCUGUAUACUUCAGGACUACAAGGACUGCAAACUGAAAUCUGAAAAAUGAGGACAGCUCUCAUCUUGCUCUGCCUUCUGGGAAUAGCCUGUGCUUUCUCAGUAAAAAACUUCCGAAGAAGAUUUAAGGCUGAGGAUUCAGAAGAGAAUGCAGUAUUCAAGAACAGACAUAGGUAUUUUCUUUACAGAUAUCCUUACCUCUACCCACCUAUGAAAAGAAUCCAGUUUAAUAGCGACUCAUCUGAAGAAGGAUAUGGUGGGGACAGUUCAGAAGAGGAAGAGGAAGGAGAAGACGAAGGGGGCCAGUCAAAUGAGGAAAAUGAAGGUGGAAAGGAGAACGAGGAGACCACUGAGGCUCCUAGUGGGCCACCAACAUUAGAUAAGAAGGGUGUUAGUGAUGCCAAACCACCUAAGCAGGUGCCAGUAAGAAAAGAGCCUCUUGGGAAACCAGGUAAAGGAGGAGAUGCUAAAAAGGCUGAGAAAGACCAAGCUCCAGAAAAAGGUGGGAAAAAGGAAGAAGAAGACAGUGAUGAAAAUGAGGAGGAAGAAAAUGAGGAAGAGGAGGAAGAACAGGAGAAAGUGGAUGAGAAUGGAAGUGGUGUCAAUGGUACAAGCACCAACAGCACUGCAGAAGAGAAUGGAAAUGGUGGCAAUGGAGAGGAGGAGGAAGAAGAAGAAGGAGAAGAGACUGCAGCAACCACCAUUGUUCCAACCACCCUCUUCACCACUGUGGUCCCCACCACAGAGUACCAGGAUCAAUAUGAAACUACCACAGAAGAACAAUGGCAUGCUGAGACCACCCCUGAAGAUCAGUGGCAAUAUGACACUACCACCGAAGACCCAUGGGCUUAUGAUACCACCACCACCACCGGUUAUGAAAAUGGCUAUGAAACUCAAACAGAUUACUAUGGGAGUGAGAAUGGGUACCCACGGGGGGGAUACCUUCAGAACAUAUGAAGAUGAAUAUAGCUACUACAAAGGGCAUGGGUAUGAUGUUUAUGGCCAAGAUUACUACUACAAUCAGUGAAGAAAAUAAGUCAUCUCUUGGCACAGUUUAUAAAAACGUUUUGCAUAGCAAUUGUUCACAUGUGUCUACUCAGGAAGAAGCAUCCCAAUAUAACAUGGUGCUUGUUGAGAAAGAUAGACUAUUAAUGUCUGGCAUUAUCUCUAAAUAUGAAAAUAUUUUCUUUUUAUCUGACUGUCAAACAUGUGCUUUUGACCAGUAUUCAUUUAUCCUUUGUGGACUUUUGCAGAGUUUGCAGAUCUUGUUUUUUUAAAACAUCAUGGUGCAAAUGAAUAUGAUACGUCUAAUGGAAUUACUGUUCAAAUUGAGGUUUGUUGUAUGCUGUGUAUGCUCUAUCUCUGUGUUUAUAUUAAAGCCAAGAUAAGUUUUGAAACAGUGUACAAAUUGGACUGGCUUUGAGUUUUAAAAAAUAAAUAAAAGAAGGA